CGGAAGACAGGUGGUUCUGUCUCGCUCUUUGCUCGGUAACGAUGGGUCGUGUAGAAAGUGCAAAGUUUUUGCUGUCAGCGCUGUUCGUGUUUGGCUUGCUCCGCGGCGGGGCCGGCUCUUCCUGGCUCGGUUCUAAACUAUUUAGCCAAGCCAAAGCCGGUAGCGCCGUUGUGGAUUACCCGAGCCCGUCUUCAAAACGCCAGGAACCCGAAGUCAAAGCGAUCCUCCCGCAGACCGUCGCGGCGCAGUGCGGGGAGUCCAGAGUGGUGGUGACGGUGAAGCGGGAUCUGUUCGGGAUCGGCCAGCUGAUCAAGGCUUCUGAUGUCUGGCUGGGAAGCUGCGCGGUCACCCGGCUGGAUGACGCGACGCAGAGCUUGAUCUUUGAUGCUCAGCUGCAGGAGUGCGGCAGUACUCUGAAGAUGGUGCAGGACACGUUGGUUUACAGUUUCAACCUCCGCUACAUCCCGACCCCGAAUUCUAACCUGCCCAUCGUGAGAACCAACAGCGCGCAGGUCGGCAUCGAGUGCCGCUAUUUGAGGCUUCAAAACGUGAGCAGCAAUGCUCUGAAACCCACAUGGGUCCCCUUCACCUCCACCAAGCUAGCAGAGGCUGCCCUGGACUUCUCCCUGAGACUGAUGACUGAUGACUGGGUCACCCAGAGGACCUCCAAUGUCUACUCCCUUGGGGACGUCCUGAACAUCGAAGCCUCGGUCAACGGGACCAACCACAUGCCCCUCCGGCUCUUUGUGGACAACUGUGUGGCCACCAUGGUCCCCGACAAGAACUCCAUCCCCAGAUACGUCUUUGUGGACAACAGUGGCUGCCUGGUUGAUGCGAAGGUGUCCGGUUCCGCGUCCCGCUUCGUGUCUCCCAGAGUGCAGAACACCAAGCUGCAGAUGAAGCUCGAUGCCUUCCGGUUUUACUCUGAUGCCAGGAGCACUAUCUACAUCACCUGCCAUCUGAAAGUGGCAUCUGCUUCCCAGAACAUGGACUCUGUCAACAAGGCCUGCUCGUUCACUGCCAGCUCUGGCAGGUGGAGCUCUGUGGACGGGAGUGAUCAGAUAUGCAGCUGCUGUAACACUGGGAGCUGUGGUGUGGGAAGCCCUCCCAGAAAGAGACGAGGGAGUGGGGCGGCUGGCAACAUGGCUGAAAAGCCAGUGCUGGAAUGGGAAGGCGAUGCUAGUAUUGGACCCCUGAUUGUCCUGGAAACUUCAGUCGACAUCCCAAAGGCGUCUGAAGCCCAGAGUCUCUGGCUGAAAGAGGACGGAAAAUUGCAAGGCUUCCCUGUUGUGCUUCUAGUCCUGGCUGCUGUGGUCACUGCUGUGGCUCUGGGCUGUAUUGCAGCACUGGCCACUGUUCUGUACAGGAGAGCUGGCAAACCCACUGCUUGAUUGUAAUUUGUCAAUGAGAACA